AUGGAAAGCCCCCACGAGCAUCAGCAGAGCCUGCUUCUCACGCGCAUCAUCACCAACGUCGAGAAACUCAACGAAGCCGUAAUGGUACUGAAUAAAAACCUUCAGGAGAUCAACAUCCUAAACAUGAAUGUCGAACUUGUUGCUCAGAUGUUUAAAAACUAUCGAUCCAAUGUGCUCUUUCACCUUGAAGCCACGGACAGCCUCCAAGACCCAUCAUAG